AUAAACACAGAGAGGCCGCUGGGAUUCUUCCUCUAUAAAAGCAUUCUAACUAAGAUGUGGCGAAAGACUGGGUAUUGGUUUUAAAGGGGAUAUUUGGACAAAGCGCAACCACAGCUCCCUUCAACACCAUGGCUCGUUCCAAGACAUCCGGGACCUGCUGUAACCUGGUGAUGGCACUGCUGACCCUGUGGUCCAUGGUCUCCCUCAUCGUUAUCGUGGUGUGGGCCACCUCUCCUCACAUGAAGGGCGUGGCCCAGUGCAACGUAGCCCAACAGUCCCUGACGGAGAAGAUGGAGGGGGCGAAGGUUGUGUGGGAGAAGGAAAAGCAGGCCUUGCUGGAGUCUGUAAGGCUGAGCCAGGAGAACCAAACCACACUGCAGCAGGAGAUGGAGGUUGUCGCUGAGAGACUGAGAGAGAAUUACGUGUCCCUAAGCCUCAGCCUGCAGGAGAAUGCAAUGCUGCAUGCGAAUGAAACAGCACAAAGGAGUGCUAUUUUCCUGCACAGAGACACACAGAGAAAUAUGUCCCUAGAUCUGAGUCUACAGAGAGACCAUUUUGAGUGGUUACGAUUCAACUUCACCCAAGCUGUCCACCAGUCCCACUCCUGCUCUGCUUCAUGUGAUGCUUCAAAUAGCCAGGCGGUGGCAGCAAUGAGUCAAAUGAAAGCCUGCGAGUCCAGCAAACACUAUAUGAUGACACAAAUGGAAAAAAGAGGUUGCAAGAUCAAUGGGUUGUCAUCCAGUGCUUUUUGACUGUGAGGAGAGAAAUAUGAUGGCCUCAUUGUUAAUCUGAAGGGUUUAUUAAUUCAUGGGAUUAACACAUACUUAUUUCACCGUG